GCCAGGCCCCGUGGCUCAUGCGUGUAAUCCCAGCACUUUGGGAGGCCAAGGUGGGCAGAUCACUUGAGGUCAGGAGUUCGAGACCAGCCUGGCCAACAUGGCGAAACCCCGUCUCUACUAAAAAUACAAAAACUAGCCGGGCGUGGUGGUGGGUGCCUGUAAUCCCAGCUACUUGGGAGACUGAGGCAGGAGAAUCACUUGAACCAAGGAGGUAGAGGCUGCAGUGAGCCGAGAUCACGCCACUGCACUCCAGCCUGGGUGACAGAUAGAGACUCUGUCUCAAAAAUAAAACAAAACAAAACACUUUCCACCCAUGGACACCGCCAAGUCUAAGUCAGAGUCUCCUCAAGAGCUCGUACAGCUGAAGAAGCUCUUCAUUGGAGGGCUGAGCUUUGAAACAACCGAUGAGAGCCUGAGGAGCCAUUCUGAGCAAUGGGGAACACUCGCGGACUGUGUGGUAAUGAGAGAUCCAAACACCAAGCACUCCAGGGGCUUUGGAUUUGCCACAUAUGCCACUGUGGAGGAGGUGGAUGCAGCCACGAAUGCAAGGCCACACAAGGUGGACGGAAGAGUUGUGGAACCAAAGAGAGCUGUCUCAAGAGAAGAUUCUCAAAGACCAGAUGCCCACUUAACUAUGGAAAAGAUAUUUGUUGGUGGCAUUAACGAAGACACUGAAGAAUAUCACCUAAGUGAUUAUUUUGAACAGUAUGGAAAAAUUGAAGUGAUUGAAAUCGUGACUGACCAAGGCAGUGGCAAGAAAAGGGGCUUUGCCUUUGUAACCUUUGAUGAUCAUGACUCCGUGGAUAAGACUGUCAUUCAGAAAUACCAUACUGUGAAUGGCCACAACUGUGAAAUUAGGAAAGGCCUGUCAAAGCAAGAGAUGAACCAUGUGUGCUCAGUAUUGCAUCUCCUUUGCUGAUGUUGAAAAAGCUCAUAUCAACAUUCGAGAUUCUAUCCACCUCACACCAGUGCUAACAAGCUCCAUUUUGAAUCAACUAACAGGGCGCAAUCUUUUCUUCAAAUGUGAACUCUUCCAGAAAACAGGAUCUUUUAAGAUUCGUGGUGCUCUCAAUGCCGUCAGAAGCUUGGUUCCUGAUGCUUUAGAAAGGAAGCCGAAAGCUGUUGUUACUCACAGCAGUGGAAACCAUGGCCAGGCUCUCACCUAUGCUGCCAAAUUGGAAGGAAUUCCUGCUUAUAUUGUGGUGCCCCAGACAGCUCCAGACUGUAAAAAACUUGCAAUACAAGCCUACGGAGCGUCAAUUGUAUACUGUGAACCUAGUGAUGAGUCCAGAGAAAAUGUUGCAAAAAGAGUUACAGAAGAAACAGAAGGCAUCAUGGUACAUCCCAACCAGGAGCCUGCAGUGAUAGCUGGACAAGGGACAAUUGCCCUGGAAGUGCUGAACCAGGUUCCUUUGGUGGAUGCACUGGUGGUACCUGUAGGUGGAGGAGGAAUGCUUGCUGGAAUAGCAAUUACAAUUAAGGCUCUGAAACCUAGUGUGAAGGUAUAUGCUGCUGAACCCUCAAAUGCAGAUGACUGCUACCAGUCCAAGCUGAAGGGGAGACUGAUGCCCAAUCUUUAUCCUCCAGAAACCAUAGCAGAUGGUGUCAAAUCCAGCAUUGGCUUGAACACCUGGCCUAUUAUCAGGGACCUUGUGGAUGAUAUCUUCACUGUCACAGAGGAUGAAAUUAAGCGUGCAACCCAGCUGGUGUGGGAGAGGAUGAAACUACUCAUUGAACCUACAGCUGGUGUUGGAGUGGCUGCUGUGCUGUCUCAACAUUUUCAAACUGUUUCCCCAGAAGUAAAGAACAUUUGUAUUGUGCUCAGUGGUGGAAAUGUAGACUUAACCUCCUCCAUAACUUGGGUGAAGCAGGCUGAAAGGCCAGCUUCUUAUCAGUCUGUUUCUGUUUAAUUUACAGAAAAGGAAAUGGUGGGAUUCAGUGUCUUUAGAUACUGAAGACAUUUUGUUUCCUAGUAUUGUCAACUCUUAGUUAUCAGAUUCUUAAUGGAGAGUGGCUAUUUCAUUAAGAUUUAAUAGUUUUUUUGGACUAAGUAGUGGAAAAACUUUUAUACUUAACUGAGACAUUUUGUCAAGGCUAAAAAAAAGUCUUGCAAAAUGGGGCAGUGGACUGACAGGCUGACAUAGAAAAUAAACUUUGCCCAAUCACAACUUGUGCCUCCCAUCCCUGGAGUACUGACUGGCACCGGUAAGACAGAAUCUCUUUGAAUCCAUUACUCCAUGCCCCCUUGAGGCACUGUUGAAGAAAUCUCACUUUUCAGCCAGGGUACUGGUUCUGGUACAUAUGGAUCAUAAGUCCAUUUGGGGAAGACUCGUUUAUACAGGUUCAUCAGUACUGUGUCUUGAGAUUUUAGCUUCCCAUCAAAGCUGCAUUUCAUGUGGCCAUGGGUACCUAGAAAGACAUCAGAACAAGUCGGUCAAAUUAAAAGUAGAAAAUUUUAAAGCAAUGACUUCCAACCCAACAGUCAUUUAGCAACACUGCAGAAAUGCAGACGUGGUCUCAAAUCCCGUGUUUCCUUACCUAAAGGUUCCUUGAUAUGUCCCCUCCGGCCCCACUUCGUUCUCAGUUCCACUGGUUUAAACCACAGCACAUCCUCUUAGAAUCAAACACAUUAAAGACCAAGAUGAAACAUUUACCCACAAAAUGUAAACCCAACCUUUAUACCACAAAGGCAAUCAGAUCCCAUCCUCCUCCUUCAUACCCACCUCUGUUGAAGAACAUGUAACGUACUACUGCCAUCUUAGUAAAAAUUUUGAAAGGAUGACCACUCAGAACAACUCUCUUGAUGACCAUUCUGUCUGGAUCUACUGACAUAAGAUGGCCUGUAGCAAUGAGGCUGUGCAUUCCUAAAGGACAAAAGCAAAGAAGCUAUUUAGGAAUUUACAGGCCAAAGUCUUCAUUUAUUGCCCAGUCCAUUUAAAGACCCAUGCAAGAGCCUGGUUUGUCAUCCCUGCCCUAGCCCAAUCUGAGGCUAAGAUUGGUAAACUGUAAGCCCACACUUAACCUUGUCAAUAGGUUCUUGAAAACUUGUACUUCAAGAGAAAUGAUGUAUAACAAAACCAUACUUUUUCUCAUCAGUUGUUACAAGGAAAGGAUGUUGAACAAAAGGCAGUUAUUUGAGGACUGGCUAUACACUGUUUCACGUAAAAGUUGGAGUUUUCAUUGUUCUAUUAACAAUGUUAAAUGAAGACUUACUGUAUUUUGAAAACCAUCAUUACCUUCUCCAUACCAUUUGGCUCCCAAAUUUAAAUAAACAAGAGAAAACGGUGUUCAUCUA